AUGGAUGUUUUCACUAAUGGUUGUUACAAGCAAAACAGAAUUCUCAUGAUCACGGUGGGAAUAUGGCCCGAUUCUCCGUUGAUAGUGAAACUGUUUGCGCGCAGUGUAAUUUUGACAAUAUUGUGUAGUUUAUUGCCGCCGCAGUAUGCGUUCUUGAAUCAUCCCGACAGACACUUGAACGACUUAAUAUCAGUCCUGAUAAUUCAACUGGUUAUUCUGACUGUUGUCUUGAAGAUAUGUUACAUUGGAUUUAAUAUGAAAAUGGUUCAAAAUGGGAUGGUGCGAAUGCAAGAAGAUUGGGUUAUUCUCAAAGAAACGCCCGCGAUUGAUCAAAUCCGCCGUUAUGCUAAGAGAGGGUAUUUAAUUUCCAGGAUAUACAUAAUUUUCUUCUUCUGCGCAACGACGCAAGUGUUUUUCGUCAUGCCAUUGAAGCCAAUGAUCCUUGACGCUAUUUGGCCUUCAAAUGAAUCCAGACCUAGAACCUACGCAUUCGAUGCUGACUACUCGAUUUUCAGUAUCUAUGAGAAUGAUUACUAUUGGGCUCUAUUGCAUACUCUCAUAAUCGGGCUGACACUGGUAGAAGGAAUAGUCGCAAUCGAUACAUUUAUUUUGAUCAUCGUGGAACAUUGUUGCGGAUUAUUCGACGCUGUGGGCUACAUAUUACAAGGUCUGCGCAAGGAGUCUUGUUCGUUACGCCGAAAUAAGAUCAUUCGGGACGCCAUUUUCGUACACAAUCGCGCUUUGUCAUUAGCAGACCUAAUCGAGUCAUCGUUUACAAUGAUGUUCGCUUUCGUAGUUUUGAUUAACAUGAUUUUGAUCAGUAUGACUGCCUUUGAGACAGUGCUGAAAGUCGAUGACCCUGGUGAGCUGGUCAGAUUUGUGUUAUUCAUUAUUGGACAGAUAGCGCAUUUGUUCUGCACGAGUUUACCUGGACAAGAGUUACUGGAUCACAGCAGUCGAGUUUUCACAGAUAUUUAUAACAGCAACUGGUCCGAAAUAGCAGAUAAGGAACAGAAACUGUUGCUAUUCAUGUUAAUGAGGAGUAUGAAGCCUUCGUACAUGACUGCUGGAAAGUUUUACACACUGCACAUUGAAAACUUCAAAAAUGUAUUGAGAACAUCAAUGUCAUACUUUACAGUAUUCCUGUCGAUUCGAUGA